GCGCCAGACACCCGUUCGCGCGUACAACUUAGGACCGGACGUCGUCGUCAAUAUUGUGUCGUUCACGUGAUAACGGGUCGAUUCGAUAACGACAUUGUAUUAGUCAUAAAAAUAAUAAUAACACCAAGUGAUAAAAAUAAUUUUUUUCCCGUUCCUGCGUCGCGUUUUCCAACCGUUACGCAUCACUUAUCCGGCACUCGGACGGGACUGCUAUGGAUUUUGACAGCCCGGACGUCGAGAAAGACUUUCCCGGCCUGUACGCGUCCACAGAAAUCGGACACAAAGAUUCUGACGGCAAACGCAAAGAGAAAAAAGAUCGGGGAUAUGCUGCUUUGGAAGGUGAAAGUUCUCCGGAAGAAGAGCCUGAUGCCAAAAGCCCUUCUAAAAUAAAAAAAAAUAAACCAUUUAAAUUUCCAAUCAAAAAAGAGAAACAUGAAAAGCUUAAAGAUAAAGAGAACAAAGAUACACUUAAAGAAAAAAAAAAAGAUGGAGAAAAAGAAAAAAAGAAAGAUAAACCCAAAAAUAAAAUAAAAGAUAAAAAAAAAGAUAAAAAAGGAUCAAAUGGAAAAGUUAUUAUUGAUAUUGGUGAUUUGUAUGAAGAUCAACCUAUCUUUGGGGUUCCAUUAGAAAUAUCAUUUGAUCGAAAUCCAUGUCAUGAUGAUAUUCAUUUACCAUUAGUUUUGAGAAAUUGUAUUGACUAUGUGCAAAUGAAUGGUUUAUGUACUGAUGGUGUGUAUAAAGUACCUGGUGUUAAGUCUAAAGUACAGAGCCUUAAGGUUCAGUAUAAUAGACGCCAAUCAGUAAAUUUAGCCGAUUAUGACUUAGCAGUUGUUACAAGUCUACUAAAACAAUACUUGAGAGAACUUCCUGAUCCUAUAUUAACAUCGGACUUGUUAUCCAAAUUUGAAGAUGCUGCUGAAACUCAAAAUAUUGAAUUAACCAAGUCAUUAAUUUCAGAACUUCCACUAUGCAACAAACAUACUCUUACCUGGUUAAUAGUUCAUUUUACCAGUAUCAUAGAAAAUGAAAAAUAUACUAAAAUGAACACUACAAACUUUGGUUGUGUUUUGUGUCCUGUUCUUCAAAUGUCUCAAAGACUAUUCUCAUUUUUUAUUACUAAAAGAAAUGAUCUAUUUCCUGGUGCUGUUUUACACAAAUAUAUACCACCUUUAAGAUGUGCUAGUCCAUAUUUACCAACUGGCAAACAAGAAAUGACUAUUGAAUUAAAAAAACAAGAAUCACUUCUUGGUUAUAUACACCGUGAAAUGAAUGCUGGAUUUGUAUGUAAGACUAAGGAAGAAGAAUUAUGGGAUGUUCAAAGAAUUAUUACUCAGUUGAAAAGGAAACUUAAGGUAUUAGAAAAAGAUAGUCAUAAAGUUUCAAAAGAUAAAGUAAAAAAAGAAGAUCAUGUAAAUGGAAAAUUCGAAGAAGUUGGAACUCAAACAGCUUUAGGCAGGCAAAAUUCUAAUAACAGUGUAUCAGGAAAAGCUGAAGUAGGAUCCAUUACAAGCGAUACAUUUAACAUAUCAAACUGUGAUGGAUCACUAGUUGAUGAAGAAGUACAAACAACAACUUCAGAUAGUGAUAAUGAAGAAUUAGUCUUGCAGUAUGAAUCUGAAGAAUUAAUGUCGCUCAUUGCAAACUUAAAAGAUUGUAUUGUUCAAGAAAAAUGUGAAAUUGAUCGAUUACAUAAAAAAUUGACGUCGGUUGGAAGAAAUAUAAACGUUAGUGAAUAUUUUAUGUAUCCAAUUGAUGAAACAACAGUCACCAAAAACACAUUGUUAAGUGAAUAUAAGAUGCUACAGUUUCAGAAAGUUCACUUGUUAAAAAGUAUAGAGGAAGAACGAGAAGCCAUACUUGAUUUAAAAAUUCAAAUAAAACUAGCACAACGCAAACAUAUGGCAAGUGCAUAAAAUUCUUUGAAACCCUAUUACCAUUUUUUUUAUUAUAGUAUUUAAAAAUUUAGUGAAUAGACUAAAUCAAAAAACUAUGACAUUUUAAAU